UUCAAAAUCGUAUUUUUACGUAUUUUAAAGAGAACGUAUAACCACAUGUGCAAGAAGUAAACAAAAAGGACUCACAAAAAUGUCGAGAAUUAUCACAAAAGCUGCCUUACUGGCCAUGCAACGAGGCGACGACGACUUCAAAUCUGUCGUCCACGAGAAGAAACAAAAAAAGACAUCAUCAAAACCUGUAGAAAAAUCCGGCAACAAAUUUCCUGACAAGCCUCCGACUUUAUUGGACUUGCAACGAGCCAGAAAGGAGGUCAUCAAUUUGGGAAUUUCUGGAUUUUCGGAUAAAAUGGCGAAAGAAGAGGCGGAAAUUCAAUUGGCAAUCAAACUCGGGGCAAAACCACCAAAGAAACCGUAUAAGAACUACAAAGAAAUCCUCGAGGAAAAGCGAAAAGUCAAAAAAGUGCAAGAAACAACGUCGGAACGUGUCGCGAAGAAACAUCAAUUCGGUUCAGGAACGUCUUACAUCAAAUAUCUCACGGGAAAUCGACACAAAACGAAGAAAAAUCCCAAAAAUGUGUUGAAUAGUUACGGAAAAGUGAAGGCGAAGGACGUUGCGAAUCAGAAAAAUAAGAGAAGAUAAU